CUGUUAUCACUGCCCACAGAUACAAAUAUGGUUGUAAAAGCAAAGUUAGACAUGUUAAAUAUUCACUAGUUACACUGGAAAAUGUGCAUGCAGAAAGAAAAGGAGCAAAAACCAAGUGGGGAAUUCAACUAAAAAGAUGUUUUCUCGACCAGAACUGUUUGAUUUCCAUGGAGUCGCAAUGACUCCCUGUGUCACUAACAACUGGGAAAAGGUUCGAAGCUUUCAAGCCCGACCGGACGAUAUACUUAUUGCAACAUACCCGAAAGCAGGAACUACGUGGGUCUCCUACAUCCUUGACCUGCUUUAUUUUAGGCACUUAUCUUCAGAGCGCCAGACAUCCAUCCCCAUCCAUGAAAGGGUACCAUUUCUGGAGAUAGCAGUCACUCCUGGUGCUUCAGGAACUGAGCUGGCAGACAAGCUCCCCACUUCCCCUAGACUGAUUAAGACUCAUCUGCCUGUUCAGUUGGUUCCUAAGUCCUUUUGGGAGGAAAACUGUCGGAUUGUAUAUGUUGCACGCAACGCGAAGGACAACAUGGUGUCUUUUUACCACUUUGACCGCAUGAAUCAAGUGCAGCCAGAGCCUGGGGAAUGGAGCAGCUAUUUCCAGAGGUUCCUGGAUGGACAGAUGUUGUACGGUUCCUGGUAUGACCAUGUGGGAAACUGGUGGAACAAGAAGAAGAGCUAUCCAAAACUUCAUUACAUGUUCUACGAAGAUAUAGCUGAGGACACUGAGGCGGAAUUAGACAAACUUUGCUCCUUCCUCGGUUUAUCCCCAUCCGCUGAAGAGAAACAGGCCAUUCUAGAGCUAGUCCACUUUGAUAACAUGAAAAACAAUGAAAUGACAAACUGCUCCAAACUUAAUUUCUAA